UGUGCCACCCCCAUCUCCCCAUCCCCGCAGCGCUUCCAGGAGGUGGAAGAAGCCCACCUGCGCCACAUGAAGGGCCUCAUCGGCUCCUAUUCGCACUCAGUGGAGGACACCCACGUGCAGAUCGGGCAGGUUCACGAGGAGUUCAAGCAGAACGUGGAGAACAUCGGCACCGAAACGCUGCUGCGGAGGUUUGCAGAGAGCAAAGGGACGGGGAGGGAGCGCCCAGGCGCGCUGGAUUUUGAGGAGUACCGCCUGGCCCCAGCGCAGGAAGGGCACAAGAGGAGCCGCAGCAAAGCCUUCCGCAUCCCUGGGCUGAGCCGCAAGGAGAGAGAGCGCGAAGCUGGGGAAUCCCCGGACACCGAUGUGGCUUGCCCCGAGGUGGAUGAGGACGGGUUCAGCGUGCGCCCAGACGUUGCUCACACGGAGGCAGAGCACCACAGCUGCUCCUCCAGCGACUCGGACUACGACGAGGAUGAGCCCCGCAGGUUCCACGUGCACAUCAAACCCGUGCAGCCCCGCGAGGGGGGGGGCAGCGCCGGGGCCACCGUGGAGCAGCUGAGGGCCACCGUGGGAACCUUCAUCCUGCCGCCCGGCGUGGGGGGCACCGUCAGACGGCAGUCGUCACGGCACACAGCGGCUCUGUCCGCAGCCCCGAGCGCCGCCGACCCUGGGGGGCCUCAGGUGCCAGGUGAGGCCGUGCUGGGGUCCCGCCGUCCUGGGGGUCCCGGUGUCCCCUCUCCCUCCAUGUCCCCAAUCACAUUUCUCAUUGCAGGUGACAGCGUGGGGAGGGGACACGCGGUGACACAGGCAAGCAGCUGCCCUGGGAAGGCUCCGGUGGACGCGGUGCCCCCCAUGGAGGCGGUGCCCCCCGCAGCGCUCUUCGGGCCCCCCCUGGAAUCAGCUUUUGAGGCGGAGGAUUUCCCGGCGCCCCGUUCCUACGUCCUGACCUCCUCCUCCUCGCCCUUCUCCUCUUCUUCCCCGGAAAACGUGGAGGAUUCGGGUUUGGAUUCCCCCUCGCACCCUGCGCCCGUCCCCUCACCGGACUCGAGGCCGUGGACUCCGUCAGCACCUCAGAGCCCCCUCCCCAAGCGGGGGGCACUGCCGGACCCCUCCCCGGCACCAUCCUCAGCCUGGGCCCCCCCACGACCCCGCAGCCCUGGGGGUCGCCUGCCUGAGCUGCCCGGCUUUGCCGUGUUCCCCGGGGCUGAGGGGCUCUGGGAGGAGGGGGAUGUGGGGGGUGCGGCGUCCCGAGGACGCCCCCGUGGCCCCGGCCCCCCCCCUCAGCCCCCCUCGCCCGACCCUUUUGGGGAGCCCUGGGUCCGGCCCCGCAGUCCUCCUGGGGAGCGACACCCCCAGCCUCGACCUUCCUCCAACUCGGCCUCAUCCUCCUCCUCCUCCCCGGCCCCCCCAAGCGGGGGGGAGUCCUCCAGCCCCUCCCCAUGGACGUGCCCAGGGCUGGGGAUGAGGACGUCUGAGGGUGGCACUGCGACGGCCCCCCCUGAAUUGGCCGCCCGCCCCCCCGCCGCCGCCCCCCGCGAGGUCCCACUGGUGGCCCCCCCUCGCCGCUCCCGGACGAAGCGCCCGACAGCCGGCCCAGCUGCAGGCAGCAACAGUGACCUGUCGCGCUCGCUCAGCCCCCCGCCCUCCUGGAGCUGCCCCUCGCAUUCAGCCCCCGCCAGCCUGGGGGAGCGCGGCUUUUUCUCCGUGUGCCCACCGCCCCUCGGGCUGUCGCGGGGUCCCAGCCCCGUGGUGCUGGGCUCGCAGGACGCGCUGCCCGUGGCCACCGCCUUCACCGAAUACGUGCAUGCCUACUUCAAGGGGCGAGAUGCCGACAGCUGCUUGGUGAAGGUGACAGGGGAGCUCACCAUGUCCUUCCCCGCCGGCAUCGUGCGCGUCUUCAGCGGCAGCUUGGCUCCCCCCGUGCUCAGCUUCCGUCUGCUCAACGCCGGUGCCAUCGAGCAAUUCCUGCCCAACGCCGAGCUGCUCUACAGUGACCCUUCCCAGAGCGACCCCAGCACCAGGGACUUCUGGCUGAACAUGGCUGCGCUGACGGGGCAGCUGCAGAAACAAGCAGAGCAGAGCCCAUCUGCCUCCUACUACAACGUGGCUCUGCUCAAGUACCAGUUUUCCCGGCUGGGUCCCAGCUCAGCCCCACUGCGGCUGUGUGUGCGCUGGGACUGCGCGCCCGGAGCCACGCGGGUCAGUGUGGAGUACGGCUACAACGCGGGGGCGCUCGCCCUGCCUGUGCCCCUCGCCAACGUCCACGUGCUGCUGCCCCUGGAUGAACCCGUCACCAACGUGCGGCUGCAGCCCAAGGCCAGCUGGAACCUGGAGGAGAAGAGGUUGCUCUGGAAGCUGCUGGAUGUCCCCAGCGCGCCAGGGCAGGGAGGCUGCGGGCGGCUCUCAGCCAGCUGGCAGCCGCUUUGUGGGCCCAGCAAGCCCAGCCCGGUGGCAGCACAGUUCAGCAGUGAGGGCAGCACGCUGUCGGGCGUCGAGGUGGAGCUGGCAGGCGCUGGGUACCGCAUGUCGCUGGUCAAGAAGAGGUUCGCCACGGGGAUCUACCUGGCGGGGUCCUGAGCUGCCUCUACUCGGACCCCCGGACCUCCCCUUGGUUGUGUGAGCUCAAAGCACUGGAUGGAGCCUGGUUGGAGGGGGUGCCUUCCUCCUCCUCCUCACUCCUCUUCCUCCCCCCCCCUCCCCUUCCUCCCCCUAGCCCU